AUGGAGAUAGAAGUGGCAGCAGCAGAACUCAAUUUCGACAGCACCACUUCGUCUCCAUACAUAACAGCUCCUUCAAGCCCAACUCGAUUUGGUAACAACAAUGUUUUCUUCUUCAGUGCACCUACAAGCCCUUCUCCUUCAACUUCCUCCAACACACCCUUUGAUUGGGAAGACCAACCAAGAACUCCCAAGAAGAGAUCAGCCAAUGAUUUCGAUGAUGAAUUCGAGUUCAAUUUCAGUGGUCAACUGGAGAAAUCUUCCUUCUCUGCCGCAGAUGAGCUCUUCGAUGGAGGAAAGAUUCGACCUCUAAGGCCCCCACACACUCCUCCUGCACUUUCUUCUCCCAGAUCUAGUGUUCUUGAGAGAGAAGGAAGAGAUCGAUCUCCAGGAUCUUCCUCACGUUAUGAUCGUAAAGGAAGCCGCUCUGUGUCUCCGUUGAGGGUUUCAGACAUUAUGGUUGAUGAAGAAGAAGUACAUGAGUCAACAAAAAUGGUUGCUUCCAACACAAGCAACCAAAAAUCCUCUGUUUUCUUGUCGGCGGUUCUGUUCCCUGGUCGAGCUUAUAAGAAGUGGAAACUCAGAGAUCUGUUGCUGUUCAGGAGCGCAUCAGAUGGAAGACCUGUCCCGACCAAAGAGGCCUUGCAAAGAUACGAUAUCCUAACAAAGAAAGAGGCAGAGGAAGUGAAAAACUCGAGUAUCCGAUCAAGAGAGAGUCGUGAUUCGUCGUCGGUGUCUAGGUCAAGUAGGAGGCACGGCGCGGUGGUUUCGGCUCAUGAGAUGCAUUAUACUGAGAACAGAGCAGUGUCGGAGGAGUUGAAGAGAAAGACAUUCUUACCGUACAAGCAAGGCUGGUUAGGCUGCUUAGGGUUUAACCCCACGGUUCAUGAAAUUGCAAGAGUUGGGUCCUUGUCACGAGCUUCCUCUUGA